GCGCCGCGGUGCGGAGCGGCGGCCCCGGCAGCGCCAUCGCCGCGAUGUCCUCCGACUUCGAGAGCUACGAGCAGGACUUCGCCGUGCUCACGGCGGAGAUCACCGGCCGCAUCGGGAAGGUGCCGAAGCUGGUAGGAGAUGAGAAGAAGCAGAUGGUUGCAAAUGUUGAGAAACAGCUUGAAGAAGCGAGGGAACUGCUUGAGCAGAUGGAACUUGAAGUUCGAGAGAUCCCACCUCAAAGCCGAGGGAUGUACAGCAGUCGAAUGAGAAGCUACAAACAAGAAAUGGGAAAACUUGAAGCUGAUUUUAAAAGGUCACGAAUCGCCUACAGUGAUGAGGUGCGGAAUGAGCUCCUAGGGGAUGACGGGAAUUCCUCAGAGAACCAGUUGAUAAAAUUACGUGAAGAGAGGGCACAUCUGCUCGAUAACACAGAGAGGCUGGAAAGGUCAUCCCGGAGACUAGAGGCUGGAUACCAAAUAGCAGUGGAAACCGAGCAGAUUGGACAGGAGAUGCUUGAAAACCUCAGCCAUGACAGAGAGAAGAUCCAGCGUGCUCGGGAAAGGCUUAGAGAAACAGAUGCAAACCUGGGGAAGAGUUCCAGGAUUUUGACAGGAAUGUUGCGAAGGUAAGGCCAAGGAUCAUCCAAAACCGGAUUUUGAUUGUUGUUCUGGCAGUCAUCAUCAUCUUCACCACCAUGAUGGCUAUUUAUUUUUCUGUCAGGGGACGCUGAUAUCUUUGUUCUUCACUAAACAGCAACAAACUGCUUGUUCUGAGUAAUUAAGACAAAGUGGUCACAUGAAUCAUUCUCUUGCACUGACAGUCUCCCUCUCUUUUCCACUCUUCAACUCAGGUGCAAGUGGUGUAAAAUAUUUUAUAUUAUUGAUGGCAUAGUUGAUGGCGUGUGGGGCUAUUUUUUUCUUACAUAUUUGUCCUUCUCUGAGUGUUUUCAGGAUCUUAAUAUUUGUUGGAGUGAGGGCUUGUUCUGGUGUCGAAUUCACCCACAGACAAUUAGCCUGUAAGUUGCCAGAGUUUCAUGAGGGAAGAGGGGUCUUUGCACUUUCCUUGUGCUGUGCAGGGUGUAUGAAUAUGGAGCAGUAUCUGACCUUCUGUAAUUUAGAAUAUAAGUAAAGCAGAGACCAAAUGAUGUAGAAAGUGAACCUGUCUCCUGUGACUAACUCUCAAUCACGCAUUAUCGUGGUAGAUGUAACCUGGUUAAGAACAUUAGCUAAGUUUUAAAAAGAGAGCAACCUUAGGAUGGUGCUUAAUAAAUGAUGCAAAUCCAAAACUCAGUUUAACAAUUUUUUGUUCAAAGUUAGGCUUUCUUUUCUGCUUAUUCAAAGCAAUUCCACUCUCAUCAAGAUCGUGAAAACACAUCACUUACCUAAAAUGUAGUUGUGGCUACGGCCCAUCUGUUGAAUUUCUUUUAAAUCUUCCAGUGUUGAUAUAUGUACUGAUAAGCAUUACAUACUAGGCCCUUAAUGAAGAUAUAUAAAGAUACUUAUCUCUUUGUUGAUGAUUGAGAAGAGAUCCUAAGUAAUAGUUCAGCAACAAAUGCGUGAUUAUAGUGCAUUAAAAAGUCUAGAUUUUUAAUACUGGCCUGACUAUGUUGAGACUGCAUGUUGGAAUAUUUUGAGUGUAUUAAAUUCUGAUGUGAUAUUCCUCUUUUUAAACAGAAACUGUAAAAAUGUUAAUUUAUAUAUGCUUUUAGCUGAUAUAAUAUAUCAUAGUUUCAUCUA